GCGGUAGGGAAGGGCUGCAACCUGUUCGACUGGAUAGACAACCAGUGGGCUGACUUCUUCGCGGGCCUGGGUCGAGAUGAGGUCGCUCUCUCCGACACCUUCGCUCGCGACUGCAAGUUCAAGUUUGCGAGUGCUGUGGAUGUGAUCGCGAUGCUCGGACAGUUGGCGCAGAGGCAUGUCGAAUGGGCCCAGAAGCUGGUGAAGAGCGAGGUGCCGAAGGUCGCGACGGCAAAGGUUCCCGUAGCGGCUAUCGAGUAUCAUGACGUCUGGCACGACCCCGCUCCAGGAGCCUCGAGAUGCUGGCAAUGCAGGAAGUGCAACGCGAUGGCGCGGACGGACCAUGCACUGCGCAAUCUUCGCACCAAGGAGAGGUUCAAAUGUUGUGUGCCGACGGCGGUGAUGAGCUGGACGGCGGACUGUUUCUUCCGAGACAAUCCACAAUACGUGCCUGUGAACGAGCCUCCCAACGAGGAGGAGCUGGCGGCCAAGCCAUCCGAGCCAGGCGCCCUCAGGCACUUCCGUGGGCCAGGGCAUGCGCCGUGCGUGUUCGGGCCCAUCACGAUCUGCAAGCGGUGUGCUCGGUAUUGUAUCAGUGGUGGCAGAGUCCUGGGCCUCAACGCGCAGUGCCAUGGCCCAUCUGAUGUGCCAAGUGCCAGGGCUGGUCAGAAGGCGGCGAUCAAGCGG